CUCUUUUUCGUGACGCCUCCCAGGCGCUCGGCUGUGUCAAGAUGAAGCUGAACAUCUCCUUCCCCGCCACCGGCUGUCAGAAGCUCAUCGAGGUGGAUGACGAGCGCAAGCUCCGCACCUUCUAUGAGAAGCGCAUGGCCACGGAAGUAGCCGCUGAUGCUCUUGGUGAAGAGUGGAAGGGUUAUGUGGUCCGGAUCAGCGGUGGGAAUGACAAGCAAGGUUUUCCCAUGAAGCAAGGUGUUCUGACCCAUGGCAGAGUGCGCCUGCUGUUGAGUAAGGGGCAUUCCUGUUACAGGCCAAGGAGAACUGGAGAGAGGAAGCGCAAGUCUGUUCGUGGAUGCAUUGUGGACGCUAAUCUCAGUGUUCUCAACUUGGUCAUUGUAAAGAAAGGAGAGAAGGAUAUUCCUGGACUGACAGACACUACUGUGCCUCGUCGGUUGGGACCUAAAAGGGCUAGUAGAAUCCGCAAGCUUUUUAAUCUCUCCAAAGAAGAUGAUGUCCGCCAGUAUGUUGUCAGGAAGCCCUUAAACAAAGAAGGUAAGAAGCCCAGGACCAAAGCACCCAAGAUUCAGCGACUUGUUACUCCUCGUGUCCUGCAACACAAACGCCGACGUAUUGCUCUGAAGAAGCAACGCACUAAGAAGAACAAGGAGGAGGCUGCAGAAUACGCUAAACUUUUGGCCAAGAGAAUGAAGGAAGCCAAAGAAAAGCGCCAGGAACAGAUUGCCAAGAGACGUAGGCUGUCCUCACUGAGAGCUUCUACUUCUAAGUCUGAGUCCAGUCAAAAAUGAGUCUUUAAGAGCAACAAAUAAAUAAUGACCUUGAAUCUUUCAUUGGCUUUCAUUAAUAGUGUAACUAGAUAAAUGAUGGGAAAGAUGAGACAGAAGAAGGAAUACAUCUAUAGGACUGCUAGAAUAUGGGGAGAGUGAUUAUUUUCAAAUUAAUAUGUAUCGAGCUUCUACCCCAAGGUAAAUAAAUAACAUUUGGAGACCAUUAAAAUGUAGGAUGGCAUAGAAGAGGCCUUUACUAAGAUUAAUAAUUAAAGAAACACAGCCUUUAAAGUAAAAAACACACUGUGCCUUUGAAACUUGCUAAAAAGAUUAACUUCUGUCCCAAAAGGUAUCAGCCAUGCGCUACCAGCCUCCCUGCCCCUACAGUGGCAGUGGCUGCAUUCUUGGUGAAUGGUAGUGGAAGGGAUUAAACCUAGGCCUCAGUCAUGCUUCCCAGUCACUGGUACUGAUUUGUAUGCACCCGCUUAGGUGUGAAGGUAGUUUUGGUGUGUAUCACAAGUUAGCCUGUGUAGCGAAGACAGGUUUUCUCCACCGUGUUUUUUGUUACACAUGACUAUUCACAAAUGUGCUGCAGACAGUAAAAUGAGAAAUACCCUUCCAAGG